AUGCCGGUGUUCAGUCUUAAUUUGCUGGCAUGUACAGAGGCAGCAACAAUCUAUUUCUUCGUGUCUACGAGUUUCAUUUUACUGUCUAUAUUCGGAGUUGCCAUUAGCACGUUACCUGAAUUCCGAGUAAAGGAGGCUCCACCUGAGGCAGUACCCACGGCUUCUCCUCCCCCUGACUACUGCAAGCUUCUGUACGACAAACUCACAUCCUCAAAAAGUUUGGCAGCAAGUCUGAACAAGUCUAUUGAACGCGAUGGUUCGGAUUUUAUGACUAGUAUUUUCCCAGAAUCCGUGCACAAGAAGAUCCCCUCUUUGCAGCAGACAAUUGACCAAGGAACGACCUUGUUCUUCUACAUAGAAAUCGCCACCACAAUUUUCUUCACCGCUGAGCAGGUGAUGCGAAUUCUUACCUGCCCUGCAUUACUUGCGUACACGUAUGGCUUGAUGAAUAUUAUUGAAAUUCUGCUUCUUUUGGCCAGCUAUUGCCGUUUCGUUCUCCACUUCUUGGAAAUAGAUUAUAAUGGAACCGCUUGGUCCUUAUUAUUGUACGUUCAAAUGUUUCGUGUUCUCAGAAUUGUCCGAGUUAUGCGUCACGUGCUUGCCUUUAAAGUCCUGAACUACUCAGUCAAGGUUGGAAAGAAGGACCUCUGUAUCAUUAUCAUGUACAUUUUCAUCGGUCUGAUGAUUUUCUCUAACCUUGUUUUCUUUUUUGAGCUAUCAGAAGAUUUUCGAAGCAUACCGGACGCCUGGUGGUGGACAUUGAUCACCAUGACAACGGUGGGAUACGGUGAUAUGAUUCCAAAGACAAUAGCGGGGAAAUUGUUGGGUUGUGUUUGUGCUGUAUCAGGGGUUAUCAUGCUGUCGCUGGUGAUACCCAUUUUUGUGAAUACAUUUUUAUUCUUAUACCAGUUCGCAGAACUUGAAUCCGUGACCAUUCCAGCCCCAAAGAAACCAAGCGAACUCAAACGAAAAGUUACUUCCGAUGACACAGAGGUAACGUACUCUUCAGAAUGAUCUUAAAAGGCCGCGGAGCAAAGCAAAGUAAAGCACUUUUUUCAUGAUUCAUGAUCAUCGAGGAACGUUAAUCAUGUUUUUAAUGUAUAUGCUUACGUGAUUUUUGACUCAUAUAGUUUC